CUAAGCUAUUGGUAGCCAUAUUGCAGAAGAGCGAAGAGGGGAGGUAUACUGAGGGCCAACAACGGUCGAGAGCCGCCGCCGAUUCAGUGCGUUAUAAGUGGCUGUCACCCGAGAGAGUGGUUUUCACGUAUACGCAACAGGUUCUCCGUGCGUAUUGUUCGCGCGAGCGUGAGUCUGCAGAAGAAGAAGAAGUAAAAGCCCGGCUUUCAACUCUUCCAACAAGAGUCAGAGGAGAGAAAAAGCUUGAAACAGCCCAAGAGCAAACAAGAUCAUCCAACAUGCCGAAAUCGGUCAAUGUUCGGGUGACGACGAUGGACGCCGAGCUGGAAUUUGCCAUCCAGCCGACGACAACGGGCAAACAGCUGUUUGACCAAGUUGUCAAGACAAUCGGUCUCCGCGAAAUCUGGUUCUUUGGACUCCAGUAUACCGACAGCAAGAGUUAUUCUACGUGGCUGAAGCUCAACAAGAAGGUGCUGAAUCAAGAUGUCAAGAAGGAGAGUCCGCUGCAGUUCAAAUUCAGGGCCAAGUUCUACCCGGAAGAUGUGGCUGAGGAAUUGAUUCAAGACAUUACGGUGCGGCUCUUUUACCUGCAGGUCAAGAAUGCCAUCUUGACGGACGACAUUUAUUGCCCGCCCGAGACGUCGGUCCUACUCGCCUCGUAUGCCGUCCAGGCCAAAUACGGCGAUCACGAUAAGGAACUACACUCUUCCGGUUACCUGGCCAACGACCGCCUUCUUCCGCAACGAGUCAUGGAUCAGCACAAUCUGACGCGGGAGCAGUGGGAGGAGCGCAUCUCCACCUGGCAUGCGGAACACGGAGGAAUGCUCAGGGAGGAUGCCAUGAUGGAAUAUCUGAAAGUGGCUCAAGAUCUGGAAAUGUACGGUGUCAAUUAUUUCGAGAUCAAGAACAAGAAGGGCACUCAGCUCUGGCUCGGCGUUGACGCUCUCGGACUCAACAUCUACGAAAAAGAUGACAAAUUGACUCCGAAGAUUGGGUUCCCUUGGUCAGAGAUCCGCAACAUUUCUUUCAACGAUCGUAAAUUUGUGAUCAAACCUAUCGACAAGAAAGCUCCGGAUUUCGUCUUUUUCGCGCCUCGCUUGCGCAUCAACAAGCGAAUCUUGGCCCUGUGCAUGGGCAACCACGAGCUCUACAUGCGCCGACGCAAGCCGGACACGAUUGAAGUGCAGCAGAUGAAGGCCCAGGCCCAGGAGGAGCGCCGAUCGAAGAUGAAGGAGCGCGAGAAGUUGCAGCGAGAAAUCCAGGCUCGUGAAAUGGCUGAGCGCAAGCAGCAAGAGUACGCCGACCGGCUCAAGUCGAUGCAGGAAGAGAUGGAGCGCCGGCAGCGCGAGCUGCUGGAAGCCCAGGAGACGAUCCGUCGCCUCGAGGAGCAACUCCGUCAAUUGCAAAAGGCCAAGGAAGAGCUUGAAGUGUCGCAGAAGGAGCUGCACAACAUGAUGAAGCGGCUGGAGGAGGCCAAGGAGAUGGAGAUGGCCGAGAAAAUUAAGCUGGAGGAAGAGAUCCGCGCCAAACAGGUCGAGGUCCAGCGCAUCGCCGAGGAGGUUCAACGCAAGGACGACGAGACUCGUCGUCUCCAGGAAGAGGUGGAAGAUGCUCGAAGGAGGCAAGAAGAGGCUGCAGCGGCCCUUAUUGCCGCCACGACUACCCCACAGCAUCAACACGUCAACGAAGGCGAUCACGACGAAGGGGAGGAUGAGGAUGAAGAUACACCCAACGGUGACAUCAGCGCGGGCAAUGAUUUGAUAUCGGAGAGCGACAUCAACUCGAUCCGCGAUCCAGUUGAAGACCGCCUCACUUUGGCCGAGAAGAACGAACGUCUCCAGAAUCAAUUGAAGAUGUUGAAGAAGGAUUUGGCCGGCACCAAGGACGAGACCAAAGAGACGGCCAUGGAUAGGUUGCAUAAAGAGAAUGUCAAGCAGGGUCGCGACAAGUACAAGACGCUACGGGAGAUCCGCAAAGGCAACACCAAACGGCGUGUCGAUCAGUUUGAAAACAUGUAAAACUCUUGCGACAAACCACAAAAACGACACGCCACUUUUAAUCAUUGGCUCUUGUCUUUUGUUGUUGAAUGUUUUCAUUGUGGGUUUUGUUUGUUUCAUUUUUUUUUCCUUUCCUGAUUCUUCUCCCCCCCUGGGUUCGAGGAGAGUGCUUUCUUUAUCAAUUCAUCCCGGCGCAAAAUGGAUGGGACAAACAAACAUAAAAAUAAGGGGGACAAAAAAACAAAAGUUAAAAGGCAAUUUUCUUACGAAGGAGAAGAAGCUUCCAUAUUGUUACGAAACAAAAAUCAGAUUUUUCUUGUCGCUGUUUGGGGUGCUUCUAUUCGUUUGACCCCGCAACAACACCAGAGAAGAUAAAAAUAGUAAAAAGGGGGGGACGACGUUACACACAUUCGAUUCGACCUGGUGUUAACAACAUAUAUUAUGCCUUAAACCCAUUAAAGUGUUUUUUCUCUCUCUCUCUCUCCUUUGGUCUUAUCCUCUCAUCCUUACACACACACACACACAACCACCAUCGUUUGUUAUCUGCUAUUGUUUAUAAUCCCCUCAUCAAAUUUUUUUUUUGUACUAGACCUUUUUCUUCCCUAUAACUCUCUGCAAAAGAAAAAACAUUUAAAUCAUGUUUGUGCCUGGACGAAUGCACCAAUCGCGCGCCUUCCAAUCGAAAGAGAAAAAGAAAACAAGUGGCUUACUUAAAAAACAAAAAAAUUUCCUCCAUUUUGAAAAAUAUUUGAAUUUUUCUUUAAUUUUAUUUUGUGGGGUUGAAACUUGAAAAAUCGAAUUAUGGAACAAAAUUUCCGGCAUCUAUAAAAAGAGAAAAGAUGGGAAAGAUAGCAAAACCGUGCUUGGAUCAUUGUAAUGCGUGUUCCUUCUUCCCCGUGUUGAAUAUAAUGGUCUUGCUGCAUUCCGUUUGAAGAAAAAGCAAAUAUGAUGAAUGGCUGUUGACGUUCUCUUAUAUUUCCCCGCCCAUCUUCCAUCUCUUUUUCCAUUUUUGUUAUUCCCUCUUUUUUCUACUUCUCCAUUUUGUCUUCAUUUUUUUUCCAUUUGCUUUUUUUCUGUUUUCAUCGUCCUUUUUUUUUGAAUUUUUUUUUGAGCCCAGUAAAUGAAUAAAACGAAAACAAAUAAUACAAAAAAAAAUAAUUUGCUCUACUGUGGAUAUUGAUUGAUUAAAUCUAUCGGUGUAGGGAUUUUUGAUUUUUAUCUAUGUGUCUGUCAAGUAAGUCACGUAUGCCGAAGGUCGUUUUUCUUUGUUAGCAGACGAAAUUGGCGGUAUCAAAAGACUUAUUACAAGUUUAGUAGUCGUGUGUUUGGAAUUUAUGAUGCUGGGUUCAAGUGAUAAAAACGUUGCAGUUCCUGCUUAGAUCGAAACCGGAUGUUUCACAACCACAGCAUUCGAGCACGUGGUGUGAACAACAAAGAGGCGGAGUAGUGUGAUGGAGGCCAAUAGUACAAGAUAAAUAUGCAGAUGAAAGA